CUGCUUAACGCAACGCAACCGAGGUCCUCACUCCUUUGUUUUAACCAAUUCCCCGCGAAACAUCUCGCCAACGCGAACGCGCUGACGCGCUAACUUGUAUCACUUGCCGCUUCCUCACACGUCGCCUUCUGAGGGACAGCGCUCCAGCGACUACUGACCUUCAAGGCACCGACUUCGCGCGUGAAAGCUGGUACAAGCUCGUGCGAUACCUUCAAUAACGGUUCCAGGGCGUGAUCUUGGUCAUGCCUGUGAAGCAAUCGAAGCCAGAGGCCAAGAAGGCCAGAAGCGCAACCUCGAACGGCACGCGCAAGGCCACUCCGGAACAAGCUCCACCAGAACAUCGAUCGCCCCCGCAGCCGCCUGAUCUCUCCGAAGCAGACAAGACCCGACUACGACAAUUCCUGGACAGAAAUGCCACGCCCUUUACUGUCAAGACCGCCGCGGCGUCGAAGAAGCGCAAGAGGGAUGGGCUGGUCCAGGUGCAAGAUGAUCUGUUCGAGGAUAGACUCUCUGUGCAGUAUGAGGUCGCACCCAGAGACAAGUGGGAGAGUUUGAGGCGAUACAAGAAGUUUACUGUUGGCCAGGAGAGCAUCGCAACGGGACAAUGCAUCUAUGUGAAGGCAGAUGAGUCCGACGCUCCGAACAUGAAUGCUGCCGAGCAGUGGAAAGCUAAGGUGCUGGAGGUCCGCGCGCUUGAUUCAGAACAUGUCUACAUAAGAGUGGCUUGGCUGAAUCGGCCUGAGGACCUACCGGAUGGACGCAAACCAUAUCAUGGCAAGCACGAGUUGAUCCCUACUAAUCAAAUGGACGUGAUUGACGCUAUGGCUGUCAACGGUAGCUUUGAUCUUGUACACUGGGACGAGAAGGAUGAAGAGUCGCCAAUGCCCAGAGAAGACGAAUUCUUCUGGCGACAGACCUUCGAUUUUGCCAACUCCCGCACCUUCACCAAGCUGCAUCUGAUAUGUGUGGAUGGAGAGCCCAUCAACCCCGACCAAGUCAUCCUGCAGUGCUCCAAUGCCAAAUGCCGGAAGUGGAUACAUGUCAACUGCAUCGCGGAGAAAACAGUGGCCGAAUAUGAGUCGGUAAACGAGACUAAGAAAGCUGCAAACACUCCCAAGAAGCGAGGUCGGCCAAAGAAUUUGACAAUCAGUUCACACGCCAAAGCGAGUGGUGUGGCGAAGAACAAAAAGGGCACAGUCACCGCACACGUCUUCAUCAAGGGCUUGCCUGACGGACCCAAUGACACUCCGUCCGCCAGCUCUGGAGUCGUGGUGAUCGAUGGAGAUAAGCAAGAGCAUGCAGAAGAUCUGCUAUGCUUACACUGCUCGGAACCUAUCAUGGACGACUGAUCUUGAUUGAUCAUGAUGCCGAAUGCUCCCCGGUAAAUUGCUGCAUCUUCGCGAAACCCCACCACCUCUUUCACUAAUGCAGGAGAGAGCGAGACGCAUGAGCGCGUGGAGCCAGCGUUCACUACGCAAGUGGGCGGCUGCAAAGCGCGCGCACUGCAACGGUUCACAUUUGGCAGUCGUAGACAGAGUGUGGGCUUGAUGAUUUGCGAGCAUUGUUACUGUAGCAGAAGCGCCGCAUUCUCAUAUGCCGACAGUGACCUGCAUCGUCGGCUGCAGCACCGGGCGCAGAUGCUGAGAGGACUGAAGCUUUGAUAUUGGCGAAGCAAAUGCACCAACUAAGGCAGGACAAUAAUAGCGUUACGAUCCGCUCUGGCGCGAGCGGCGAGCCAGGAGGUUCAGAGACGGCACGGCGCGCGGCAAGUAAGAAAGUCAUGCCAGGCUGGGCUCUAUCGAUGGGAUGGAGUCAUUACAGACUCACAGACAGCUGUCAUCGCAACGUCGAUGGCUACAUUAUACGAUCUUAGGCAAUUCUAGCGGUAUGAACCAUUCGACAGUUCUC